UUUGAGUCCUGUGUUGUGAGAAGGCCUGUGGUGUUUGGUCUGGGCUACCUGUCUCUCCUGGUUUUAGGUCGUUUCGGAAGAAGACCUGGAUGCAUCUGAAAGAGGAAAUGGAGCCGGUGACCUUUGAUGAUGUGGCUGUGAACUUCAGCCCAGGAGAGUGGGCUUUGUUGGAUUUUAGUCAAAAGAAGCUCUACAGAGAUGUGAUGACAGAAACCUUUAUGAACCUGAUCUCCAUAGGGAAAACAGAAGAAAACAUUGAAGAAGAGUGUGCAAAUGUCAGAAGUCGUCUGCGAACUCCAGUGAUUGAGAGAGACUGUAAAUAUGGAGAUGGUUGUCAGUGUGGAGAAACCCACCACCAGAUUCCAGAAUAUGUUGUUAAUGAGGACAUGCCUUCUGUAACAGCAGUACAUGAAAGAAAUGUAUGUGCAAGAGACACCAUUGGUCAUUUACCCUCAGGUGUGCAUCUCACAGUUGAAACUGGAGAGAAACCAUUUGGCAGCAAGGGACAUGUGGAGGUAUCUUUUCAACAUGAGAAACGUUAUACAGAUUUCACUUCUUUUCAGUCCUUUCAGGUACUCAAAAGUCCUAGGCAGAUAGUUUAUAAAAAGAAACAAUCUAAUGAAGCCUAUAGGAUUCACACUUCUGAUCAAAAUUAUGAGCAAAUUUACAGUGAAGGUACAUGUCACAAAUAUAAUCAGUUUGAAAAAGCCAUCAGGAAAUACAGUUACUUUCAAAUGUAUGAAAGAAUCCACACUGGAAUGAAACCAUUUAUGUGUAAGCAAUGUGGAGAAGCCUUUAUUAAUUUCAGUCAACUUGUCUACCAUGAAAGAAUUCAUACUGGAGAGGAAUGUUAUGUGUGUAAUCAGUGUGGAAAAACAUUUAGACAUUAUUCAUACCUUCAGAAACAUGAAAGAAUUCACAGUGGAGAUGCACCCUAUGUGUGUAAGCAAUGUGGCAAAGCAUUUAUUCGUUCAUCACACCUUCUUGUCCAUGAAAGAAUUCACACUGGAGAGAAACCUUAUUCGUGUAAGCAUUGUGGAAAAGCAUUCAGCCAUCACAGUGCCUGUUACAGACAUGAAAUAAUUCACACUGAAGAGAAACCCUAUGUUUGCAAGCAAUGUGGGAAAGCAUUUACUUGUUCUACAUCCCUUCGCAACCAUGAAAGAAUUCACACUGGAGAAAAACCUUAUGCAUGUAAGCAGUGUGGCAAAUCCUUCAUCCAGCGUGAUGCUUGUUACAAUCAUGAAAGAACUCACACUGGAGAAAAGCCUUAUGUAUGUAAACAGUGUGGGAAGACAUUUACAUGGUCCACAUGCCUUCGCAACCAUGAAAGAACUCACACUGGAGAGAAACCUUACACAUGUAAGCAUUGUGGGAAAGCCUUCACCCAUUCCAGUACCCGUUACAGUCAUGAAAGAAUUCAUACUGGGGAGAAACCAUAUGUAUGUAAAAAAUGUGGGAAAGCAUUCAUUCAUUCCAGUCAUCUUAUCAGCCAUGAAAAGAUCCACACUGGGGAGAAACCUUACCCAUGUAAGUAUUGUGGGAAAGCUUUCAUUCAACGUAAGGCUUGUUACAAUCAUGAAAGAACUCAUACUGGAGAAAAACCUUAUGUGUGUAAACACUGUGGAAAAGCAUUUAGGUGUUCCACAUACCUUCGCAACCAUGAAAGAACUCACACUGGAGAGAAACCUUAUAUAUGUAAGCAUUGCGGAAAAGCCUUUACACAUCAGAGUGCCCGUUACCGUCAUGAACGAAUUCAUACUGGAGAGAAACCCUAUGUAUGUAAAAAAUGUGGGAAAGCGUUUAGUGAUUGCAGCUAUCUUGUAAAGCAUGAAAGAAUUCAUUGGAGAGAAAACUUACACAUGUAAAAAUAAAGAAGCUUUUAUGUGUUCCACAUCCGUUUAUAUGCAUGAAAGAGCCAACAGAAAAGAACUGAAGAAUUUGCAGCAGUAUAUCUGGUGACCUUGUCUAUGGACAACUUACUUAUAUUGUGAAGUAUGAAAGAAAACUCUGAACAGCUCAUAAGAAAGGCUCAGUGGGUAAAGGUGCUUAUUUCUAUGUCUGAUAAUCUGAAUUUCAUCCCAGGGUCCCAUAUGGUGGAAAUAGAGAAUUAUUCCCAAAGUUUACCUCUGAGUUCCAUGAACACACAUAGGCUCACACACAAGCGCAAUAUUUAUUAAAAGAAAAGAAAAAGAAAACAGUGGAGAGUAACUGAAAGCUUAAAAAGUGUAGUUGUAGCCUCAAUAUGCAAACAUAUAUAGGAUAAAAUCCUAUUGCACUGGGCAUGGUGGGGCAUGCCUUUUAUUCUAGCACUGGGUGAGGUGGGGAUGGUAGAGAUUAGAGAACUAUAAUGGAUAUAGUGGGUUUGAACGCCAUAUGGGACUUUAACCAGUUGUAAGCAAGUGAAAUUUUCUUUACAAAAAGAAAAGAUGGCUCAUCUGUUCAAAGCACAUACUGUUCUGCCCAAGAACCUGAGUUUGUUUCUCAACAUCCACAGACUGGCUCAUAACCACCUGUAUUUCCAAAUCCAAGAACUGUGAUACCCUUUUCUAGCCUCUACAGGUACAGAACACAUGUGAUACACAUACAUAUAAAUAAAAACACAUCUUUAAAUAAUUAUGUGAAUAAAGCAACUAGGAGAAAGCUGUGUUUAUUCAAAUAAGAAAAUUUAUUAAAUAUUAUGUAGUUCAAUCUUAUAAGAGUAAUAAAUGUGGAGACUGAACAAAUUUAUUUGCACAGAAUAUUUCUGGAAAUAACGGAGUACAGUAAAAUUAUGAGCAUUUUUCUCGUUCAAUUCUUAUAUGAGACCUUUAGUUUGUAUUAUUGUUUUUUAUAGUUUUGAAAUAAGAUUUGGUGAAUAAUGUCAUAAUUUUGCCUGCCUGUAUUGCCUAGUGCUUGGAAUGCUGAAGCCACCAAGACACUGUCUCUAACAAUAGCAACCAUAUAAAAAAACAUGGGCGUUGAGGUGAUAUAAGUUUGGUUAAUUAAGUUCAAUGGCUAUUGUUUAAAUGAAGUGAGGUAUUUUUCAACUUUACUGUAGAGCUGUUGGAUUCAUUGAACUGAGGUGAAUUUGUAAUAAAACAGUAGACUUAAUUUUACCUACUUUGUUGGUAAUGUGGUUCAUUUGAAAGUAAAAAUGUAUGCUUCUUAAAAGUAUUUUUUCAUUAAAUGUCAUAUUUUUAAAAACUUA